AGGGAGACCAAGCGGACGGGUCUCUCUUCUCAGUUGCUCUCAGCUGUGGACCUGGGAUCAACUCUGCUCUUUGCCCCCCCCACUCGGCUUCCCCCACAAGACUCCCUCACUCCCUCACUCACCCUCCUCUCAUCCUUGGAACUCAGCUUGUCACUAAUUCCAGCUGCUGCUGCUGCUGCUGUCCACUCCCCAUCUUAUCCAGCUCCCCUUCUUCCUGCUGCCCCCUGGAAAACUCCAACCCCAGAGACCCACCCACACCUAGUGGCUCCUCUGCCUGGAAAGGUGGCUGCCCCCUGCAUUCCUCCUUCUAGCCAUGAACUGGUGCCCAUUAAGACUGAGAGUGCACCAAAGAAUGUAGUGGACACGGGGGAAGGAGCCUUCCGAGGUGGAAGCACAUCCAAGAGCCUCGAGCAAGAAGGCUCCACUAAAAUCACCAAGAGCCCCCAGCUCCGGCCCCAGACUGUCAGGAAUAUGAGCAUCACCCAGACCAUGGAGGACAGCUGUGAACUGGACCUAGUGUACGUGACGGAGAGGAUCAUUUCCGUCUCUUUCCCCAGCACCACGGAUGAGGAGAAUUUCCGAAACAACAUCCGAGAGGUGGCCCAAAUGCUCAAGUCCAAACACGGAGGCAAUUACCUGCUUUUCAACUUGUCUGAGCGGAGACAUGACAUCACGAAGCUCCACUCCAAGGUGCUGGACUUUGGUUGGCCUGACUUACACACUCCUGCCCUGGAGAAGAUCUGCAGUGUUUGCAAGGCCAUGGACACGUGGCUCAAUGCCAACCCCCACAAUGUCGUGGUCCUACACAACAAGGGAAACCGAGGCAGGACUGGAGUUGUCAUCGCUGCUUAUAUGCACUACAGCAAUAUUUCUGCCAGUGCAGACCAGGCCCUGGAUCGAUUUGCCAUGAAGAGAUUCUAUGAGGAUAAGGUGGUUCCUGUGGGGCAGCCAUCCCAGAAGAGGUACGUGCAUUACUUCAGUGGGCUGCUCUCUGGUUCCAUCAAAAUGAACAACAAACCUUUGUUCCUUCAUCACGUCAUUAUGCACGGCAUUCCCAACUUUGAAUCCAAAGGAGGUUGUCGACCCUUCCUCAGGAUCUACCAGGCCAUGCAACCUGUUUAUACUUCUGGAAUCUACAAUGUCCAAGGAGACAGCCAGACCAGCAUCUGUAUCACCAUUGAGCCUGGAUUGCUUCUGAAGGGAGACAUCUUGCUGAAAUGUUACCACAAAAAGUUCCGAAGCCCGGCCCGGGAUGUCAUAUUCCGAGUUCAGUUCCAUACCUGUGCCAUCCAUGACCUGGGAGUCGUCUUUGGGAAGGAGGACCUAGAUGAUGCCUUCAAAGAUGAUCGGUUUCCAGAGUAUGGCAAAGUAGAGUUUGUAUUUUCUUAUGGCCCUGAGAAAAUUCAAGGAAUGGAACAUCUGGAAAAUGGGCCAAGUGUGUCUGUGGACUAUAACACCUCUGACCCUCUCAUCCGCUGGGACUCCUAUGACAAUUUCAACAUGCACCGAGAGGACAGCAUGGAAGAGGUGGUGGGACACACCCAAGGUCCACUGGAUGGGAGUCUCUACGCCAAAGUGAAGAAGAAGGAUUCUCUGCACGGCAGCACAGGUGCGGUCAACGCUAUCCGCCCCACUCUUUCAGCCACCCCCAACCACGUUGAGCACACCCUGUCAGUGAGCAGCGAUUCAGGGAAUUCCACUGCGUCCACCAAGACUGACAAGACUGAUGAACCAGGAGGUCCUCCUAAUGCUGCUGUAUCCCUGAGUCCUGAGGAGAAGCGUGAGCUGGAGAGGCUGCUGAGUGGUUUUGGCUUGGAGCGGGAGAAGCAAGGGCCCAUGUACCACACCCGACACCAUAUGUCCCGCCAGCAUGGGGGACCCGCUGCUCCCUCUUCUGGGCGCCAUGUUGUCCCUGCCCAGGUCCACGUCAACGGUGGGGCCCUGACAUCUGAGCGGGAGACAGACAUUCUGGAUGAUGAACUGCCCAACCAGGAUGGGCACAGUGUAGGCAGCCUGGGCACUCUGUCCUCCCUGGAUGGGGUCACCAACACCAGUGAGGGGGGCUACCCCGAGGCUAUGUCUCCACUGACCAAUGGCCUGGACAAGCCAUACCCAGCAGAGCCGAUGGUUAAUGGCAGCAGCUACCCCUAUGAAACCCAUGCCCGGGCCCCCCUCACUCAGAUGGUCCACGGGGCCCCCAUGCGACCCUCGUUCUCAGCCCAGGAGGGCCUCUCUGGGUACCAGCGAGAAGGCCCGCACCUGGGAUGGCAGCAAUCGAUGACUCAUCCUCACUACGGUUAUGAUGCCAAUGGGAUGUUCCGCUCUCAGUCCUUUCCAGAAACUGAGCCUCAGUUGCCCCAAGCCCCAGCCCGUAGUGGGAGUAGUCGAGACGCGGUGCAACGAGGACUGAAUUCCUGGCAGCAGCAGCAGCCUCGCCCACCUCCACGCCAGCAGGAGAGAGCUCGCCUAGAGAGUCAUACACCCAACAGGCCCAGUCCCCAGCCUCAGGUGGAGGCUUCAGCCUCUGGCCUCCCUGAGUUCCCCAGGGCAGCCUCCCAGAAGGAGAUUGAGCAGUCUAUCGAAGCACUCAACAUGCUAAUGCUUGACCUGGACCCUGCCUCAUCCACCUCCCCCUUGCACAAAUCACAGAGUGUCCCUGGGGCCUGGCCGGGGGCUUCUCCCCUUGCCUCCCAGCCUCCUCCUGGCCUUUCCCUUCAGUCCCAGCCUCUGGCCCAGUCAAGAUCUGGCUACAUCCCGAGGGGACAUCUCCAGGGACCAUCUGAACCAGCUGCCUACACCUCCCUGGAGUCUGUCUCACCUGGGAGAUCUUACUCUCCCUAUGAUUACCAGACAUCUUCAGCUGUACCCAGCCAGAGUUACCAGUCCAGAAGUCCAGUCUCUUCCUCUUCUUCUUCUUCUGCUUUCCCAGCUUCCUCAAGCCUUCCAGGACCUCGCCAACCUCCGGCAACUCUCCCUGGCCUCACAACUCAGCCUCAACUCCCCCCGAAGGAGACUGGUUCAGAUCCAUCCCGGACCCCUGAGGAAGAGCCCUUGAAUCUAGAGGGAUUGGUGGCCCACAGGGUGGCAGGGGUACAGGCUCGAGAAAAGCAGACAACGGAGCCUCCUCCCCCACUUCGGAGACGAACAGCCAGUGAUGGGCAAUAUGACAACCAUUCUCCAGAGCCCACUUCCCCUCGGAGUCCUGGAGUGCGGUCACCAGUCCAAUGUGUUUCCCCAGAGCUGGCCCUCACCAUUGCCCUCAAUCCAGGAGGACGGCCCAAAGAGCCCCAUCUGCACAGCUACAAGGAGGCGUUUGAAGAAAUGGAGGGGGCCGCUCCGGCCAGUCCACCUCCGAGCGGUGGUGAGAACUCUCCCCCAACCCCUGACUUCCCUGUGUCGCCUCAAAACCCUUAUGUCAACCUUUGCCCGUUGCGCUCUCCUCCAGGGCUUGCCAAGACACCCCUGUCCGCCCUAGGACUGAAACCCCACAAUCCAGCGGACAUUCUGCUCCACCCCACAGGAGAGCCCAGGAGCUAUGUUGAAUCUGUGGCUCGAACAGCUGUGGCUGGACCCCGAACCCAGGACAGUGAGCCCAAGAACCCAACUCUCCUAACUACACAGACGUAUGGUACCGAGACACCACUGAGGAAUGGAACUCUGGGCAACUCUUUUGCCCCACCCAGUCCCAUCUCAACCAUCAGUCCCCUCCUUGGCACGGACAGCACAACCGUGGGGAGUUUCCCAUCAGCAGAAAGUAGUGGCCUAGGCCCCAGGAUGCCCACCCAACCUGUGGCAGAUGCUAGCUUCCACUCUGGCAGCCUAGGGCAACCUUCUUCUGCCCAGAGCAGCUACCAGAACAUCUCCCCUGCCCUACCAGCUGCCACCAGUGGCCACCGGAGUCCUGACUACUUUUCUCCAGACAGCCGGCCUCAGUCUCAGUUCACCGUGGCUGGUGUGCACACCCUGCCUGGGAGCCCUCAGACCCUCCACCGGACGGUGGGGACCAACACUCCUCCUAGCCCAGGCUUUGGUCGGCGAGCAGUGAACCCUGGCAUGGCGACCUCUUCGCUUGGUAGCCCUGGUCUGAGCCGCCGCCAGGUCUCAGGUCCCGUUGGUAACACAGUGGCUGGCCUCCAUGGCAAUGCCAUUGCCAGCCCCCAGACCAGUGUGGCUGCCUCCCCGGGAAGUCCUAGCCUGGGCCGGCACCCCACUGGUGCUGUCCACAGCAAUUCAGUCACCACUCCAGGAAGUCCCAGCCUCAGCCGCCAUGUGGCAGGCUUGGGAGGGGCUGGGCCGGUGGUCCCGGGCAGCCCUAGCAUGGACAGGCAUGCAGCCUACGGUGGCUAUUCCACCCCUGAGGACAGAAGGCCUACUCUGUCCCGGCAAAGCAGUGCCUCAGGCUACCAGGCUCCCUCCACACCUUCCUUCCCAGUGUCCCCAGCCUACUAUCCAGGCAUGAGCAGCCCAACGUCCUCGUCGCCCGAUUCUGCGGCUUUCCGGCAAGGGAGCCCUACACCUGCCUUGCCUGAGAAGCGGAGGAUGUCUGCAGGGGAUCGGGCAGGCAGCCUCCCCAACUAUGCCACUGUCAAUGGAAAAGUGUCCUCGUCCCCUGUGUCCAGCGGCAUGUCUAGUCCCAGCGGCGGUAGCAUGGUCUCCUUCUCCCACACCCUUCCUGACUUUUCCAAGUUCUCCAUGCCAGACAACAGUCCUGAGACACGGGCUAAUGUUAAGUUUGUCCAGGACACAUCCAAGUAUUGGUACAAACCCGAGAUCUCCAGGGAGCAGGCCAUUACAUUACUUAAGGACCGGGAGCCAGGAGCCUUCAUCAUUCGGGAUAGCCACUCCUUUCGGGGAGCUUAUGGCUUGGCCAUGAAAGUGGCAUCUCCUCCUCCCACAAUCCUUCAGCAGAGUAAGAAAGGGGACAUGGCCAAUGAGCUAGUGAGGCAUUUCUUGAUUGAGACUAGCCCCAGAGGGGUGAAGCUAAAAGGAUGCCCGAAUGAACCAAACUUUGGAUGUCUCUCUGCUCUGGUCUACCAGCACUCUAUCAUCCCAUUGGCUCUCCCCUGCAAGCUGGUCAUUCCAAACCGAGAUCCGACAGAUGACACAAAAGAUAGCUCAUCCGCCAAUUCUACCACAGAUCUACUGAAACAGGGGGCAGCCUGCAAUGUGCUUUUCGUCAAUUCUGUUGACAUGGAGUCACUCACGGGGCCCCAGGCCAUUUCUAAAGCCACAGCUGAGACACUGGCUGCAGACCCAACACCGGCUGCCACUAUUGUCCACUUCAAGGUCUCCGCCCAGGGGAUCACGUUGACAGACAACCAGAGAAAGCUGUUCUUCAGGCGACAUUAUCCCCUAAACACUGUUACCUUCUGUGACUUGGACCCACAAGAGCGGAAGUGGACGAAAGCAGAGGGGGGUGUGCCUGCUAAGUAAGUAUGGCUUCUUUCCCUCCCCUUUCUUGGGAUGUUCCAUCUUUGUGCCUCCCAAGAUGACACAGGAAGAGGCUUCUGAAAUGUUGAGCAUGCACAGGAGAUUGGGGGAAUGGGAGUUAAGGGUCAACAAUUGAGUAGAGAUCACAUAGCCUAGAAGGUAAAUUUAGUCAAAUUGAUCAACAGUUCUUCCUGCCUUCCCUCUCCCCUCCUUCCCCCUACCCCAGCAGCAAUCCCUCUUAUACUUAAGAGCAGCAGCGACCCUGUGAAGGACAAGUGCUAGAUUUAGGCACGUUUGGGGCAGCUGGCAUAGUAUAAUAAAUAGAUUCCUGGACAUGAAGCCAGGAAGAUCUAGGUUCAGAUUCUAAUUCUGACACAUUAGAUAGGCAAGUGACCUAAUCUUUUAGAAUCUCAGUUUCCCCAUCUUUGCAAACUGGAAAGUAUCAUGUAAAUGUCAGAUGUUGCUGUUUUUGGGAGCAUUUCCAUUUCCAUUUCAUUUCAACUUGUCCCCAACUUGAUUUCUUUUGAACCUGGCCUUGCCAUUUUUGCAGGCUCCUAUUAAUGUUCAUGGCUAGGCCAAGACCGCCUAACUCACCAGAACAAGCAGUCAAAUUAGAACAGUGAGUUUCAAGAAUAGAGAUGGGAGGGAACUCCGUGGUAGACAUGUUGGUCUCUCUUUUUUUUCCUCCUCUGGGUCACCAAAGUUUUGCAAAAUUUUCAGCCUCUCAGAUUUUCUGUGAUUUUGAAGGUUUUAAGACUCUCAGUAAGCCCUUUCUUAUCAAUGCCUCCUGGCAAGCUCAGUUAACUUUCACCCUCUAGAAUUUGGGGGCCUUUCCUUUCUGACUUAGAAAUAUUUUAUUGUAUUAGCUGAACCAAAGGUUCUUAAUCAUUUUUUGUGGCAUGGACCCUCUGGGCUACUGGUGAAGCUUAUGGACUCC